GAUUCUUUAGCAACUUUGAGGGAUUUGCACACAAGAAAUAUCUCUAGAACCAUAAUUUGAUUCAAGCACCCUUCUUUUUCUUGAAAUAAAUCUCUCCAAGGUUGACCAUUUAUCCAAGAAUAUUGGAUCAAUAGACUUUUAAUCAUGCAAGAGCAAAUGAGAAAACAUCAGGAGGAGGUAAAGACAUUGAAGAAAUUGUAUAUUGAUACUGCUCAAGAAGCAUUGAAGAUUAAACAAAACAAUAUCAAAUUUUGUGAGUUGGAGAUAAAGAGAGCAGAACAGUCUCAUCUUAGGAAAUUGAAAGAAGAAUUGAGUAAUGCAAAAGAGAAUAAGGCUCAGACAAUGGAUGUAUUAUCCAAUUUUAAGAAAAGGGUUCAUGAACUAGAAGCUGAAGUAGCAAAUAGAAGAUUAUCCGAGUCUAAAAUAUUCAAUUCAUUGUUAUUGAAGACAAAGGAGUUUGAGCAAACUAAGAUUGAACUUGAAAAAUCUAAGAUUGAGAUAUCUUCCCUACAUGAGAAGAUUGAAUCGUUAGAGGCUUUGUCCGAGCAGAAUAGCAGGCACGUGAGUUGUUCUUGCGAUGGGAAGAUUGUUGAUGCAUUGGCGAAGGAAGUGGGAUGUCUUAGGUUUGAACUUGGAUUGGCGAAGGCGAAUUUGGAUAAGAUUCAAGAAAGAGAGAAGUUUGCUUCUUUAAAGGCUAAGGCUUUGAGUGAUGAGAUGAUCUUGGUUAGAAAAGAACUUAAAUUGGCAACUGAUGCAGAAGAAAAGAGCCAAAAGGCGUUGGAUGAUUUAGCGUUAGCAUUGAAGGAAGUUGCAAACGAAGCUACUGUGGCCAAGGAGAAACUUAGUGCUUCUCAAUUGGAAUUAGAACAAGUAAAGGAUGAGGCGCGACAAUUGAAACAAAUGGUCAGAAAGUCUGAAGAAGAAAAAGCUCUUGCUCAGAAGGAGACUGCUAGAGUCGCGGAGUCUCUUAAAGAUGCUGAGAAUAUGACUAGAAGAGCAAGGAAAGAAAUUUACAAAUCGAGGGACAUAGUGAAACAGGUUAUAAAUGAAGCGAACGCUGCAAAAGAUGCUGCUGAUUUAGCUAGAGAUGAAAAUUCUCAACUCAAAGAUGCCCUGGCUGAAAAGGAGGAAUCACUUUGUUUUCUUACGCGAGAGAAUGAACGCCUUAGGAUUAACGAAGUUGCAGCUCAUGAAAAUGUCAAGGAAUUAAAACGGUUGCUAUCUUCGUCUUCACUGAAAACUGAAGACAAGGAUCAAGAAGAGGAGAAGUCACUGGUUCCAUGUUAUGACCUCAAACUUAGUGAGCUGAAGCUUCAACGAGAACAGGAAGAUUUAGAAGCGAAAAUUCAAGACGAGGAUCCUGAAAAAGCCGAGGCACUUAAGGGGUCAAUAUUUGAUACAACAAAACAGGCAUCUCAUCAUCGGAGAGCGUCUUCAUCUGCCUCUUCAGAUGAUUUUGGAACACCAAGAACAGAAGAUUUUGAUCAUCCAGAUUAUAAUCAUCUUGAUAAUUCAGAUAGUGGUAGAAGUCCUAGUAGUAGGAGGAGGAAAAAGGCGUUGUUUCGACGAGUUGGUGACCUCAUAAGGAGGAAGAGUUUCCAUAAGAGGGAACCAUCCAGUUAGUAGGCCCUUGUUCUGUAUAUACAACCUGAAAUUGUACAGUUAUUUUAAGUGUUUGAAGUUUUCAUGUUGCAUACAAAAUGCUCCAUUUAUCAGGAGGGCAGCUCGGUGCAGUAAGCUCUCGCUAUGCGCGGGGUCCGGUGAAGGACAGGACCAUAAGGGUUAUUGUAAGCAACAAGAGGCUGUUUUCACGGCUCGAAUCCAUGACCUUCUGAUCACAUGACAGCAACUUUACCAGUUACCCCAAGGCUUCCCUUCAAAAUGCUCCAUUUUAUCAGAAGCAAAGAAAUUGCAGCCUGCCAAUUUUUUAUAUCAUCAAAUUGUUAUUUUAAUCUUCAAUAUUAGCUUCAUUAGAUCGAAGUAUGAAUGUUGUUCGAUGUUAUAACACCAUGUACAUACAUGAUUAUAAUUUCAUUUUUAGAUAGUAAUUUGUAAACACUUCUGCAUAUUCUGGUUACU